AUGGCUACCGCUCUUGCGCCGUCUGCAACCCAAAAUGAGGCUCGACAAGCUGCACAGGAUUACCUCAACAAGCGCCUGGCAAGUGGUACCGGAGUAAAACCAAGUCGACCUUUUACUGUACCCGAAAUCAACAUUGCUUCGUCCUUUUCGUCCAGCAUCGAAGAUCGCAAGGCUGUUGCUGCACAGCUUCGAGACGCCUGUACGAACUCUGGCUUCUUCCACAUCACUGGACAUGGCGUGUCCGAUGAAGCACGAGAAGGCAUCAUCAACGCAGCAAAGCGCUUCACCAAGAAUCUUCCACGUGAGAAGAAAGAAGCGUUGCAUGUGAAGAACAGCAAUUACUUCCGUGGCUGGGAGCCGGCUGACUUCACUUAUGUAAAUCCAGGCGACUGGAGCGCUGAGGAUGCCGCGCCCGAGACUAAGGAAGGGUUUAACUGGGGCUAUGAAACUGGCCUUGAUCCCACUGGUGGUGAUGGACAGUAUCGCGAACUUGAUGGCGCCGUUGUCAACGGAAACGUCUGGCCUUCCGAGGAAGAUCUGCCUGGCUUCUAUGCCGCUGUGAAAAAUUACUAUGGACAAGUCCUUCAGCUGGCCAGACAUCUGUUCCGGCUGUUUGCCUUGUCUCUAGACCUACCAGAGAAUUAUUUCGACCCGAUGACAACCCAUCCAGGCGGCAUCUCGCGACUCUUAUACUAUCCUCCAUCAAAGGAUCCGCAACCACUGGAUCCACAUAACAAGGACAAGGAGAUUGGCCUGGGCGCGCAUUCCGAUUACGAGUGCUUUACAAUCUUACUUUGCUCCACUGUUUCGGGUUUGGAGAUUCUUUCACCGGAGAAUACUUGGGUACCUGCGCCAGCAGUUGAAGGGAGCUUCGUCGUCAAUGUUGCGGAUUUCUUGAUGCGAUGGACAAACGGUUUGUUUGCGUCUAAAGUGAUUCGUAAUGUCUGCUGAUCCGUGAUUGAAGGCAUAUACAAGUCGACCGUUCACCGCGUAGUCAAUCGCACGCGUGAGGAAAGAUACAGCGUGCCCUUCUUCUUCAGUAUUAACUACGAUCAAGCUGUCGAAGUACAUUGUAGCACACAUUGGACCUACGAGUGACCAUGCUAAUAUUGCUGCAGACUUUGCCGAGCUGUAUCGCUCCUGAGAAUCCUUCCAAGUAUCCUCCGAUCAAAGCUGGUGAGUAUAUACUGGAACGGUUGAGAGCCACUGCGAAAGAUGGAUGA